AUGUCGGCCAUCACCAUCGUCUACUACGCCAUGUCCAUUGAAGCCAACGCGGCCUACUCGGUGGCAUUCGCGGCAGCCGGGAUGAAGUGGGCGCGCGUGUCCUGGGCCUCCUACUCGCGGUGCUCGCCGUGGCCACCAUGGACACGAACUCCGCUCUGCGCGGCGAUGGCGGUGCAUGGCGGGUCCGGCGGCGCGCAGACGGCCAUGUCCGGAUGCUACACGAGCCCGCUGUACAACACGGUGGUGGGGUUGGGCCUGUACCUGUCGCUGGCGGAUGGCGGCCCACAUCACCUGGCCCCGUUCGUGGUGCCUGCGGACGCGGCGGCAUACGAGGCAUGUGUGGUAAAAGUGCGGACCUUGAUCAACAAAAAGGAUAAAAUUGAGUUUGUUGGUGUUGGUGCUCGAUUUGGCCCCAAGAUAGAGUCAAAGGAAAAGCAAUCCAACUGGACAAACUUGCUGUUAGCAGACACUUCUGAUUGCUGCACCCCUCCAAAAGAGAAGGUUGCUGGAGAUAUUUUGUUAGUGGAGAGGGGACACUGUACGUUCACUACAAAAGCUAGGGUUGCUGAAUCUGCUGGUGCUUCUGCGAUUAUAAUCAUCAAUGAUAAGCAGGAGUUAUACAAGAUGGUAUGUGAGACCAAUGAAACAAAUUUAGAUAUCAGCAUACCCGCUGUUCUUCUGCCAAAAGAUGCGGGCUCUUCUUUAGAAAGGUCUCUCUCAAGUGGUGAAGUCUUAGUGGAGCUGUACUCUCCAGAUCGUCCUCUGGUUGAUACUGCAGAGGUGUUUCUAUGGCUUAUGGCAGUUGGUACCAUUCUUUGUGCAUCAUACUGGUCAGCAUGGAGCGCCCGAGAAGCAGAUAUUGAACAAGAGAAGCUUCUGAAGGAUGGUCAUGAAGUACCACCAAACUUUGAGGCUGGAGGUUCUAGUGGUAUGGUAGAAAUCAACAUGGCAUCGGCAAUACUAUUUGUGGUGAUUGCAUCAUGCUUCUUGAUAACACUCUACAAGAAGAUGUCUCAUUGGUUUGUGGAGCUUCUGGUGGUUAUCUUUUGCAUAGGUGGUGUAGAGGGUCUGCAAACAUGCUUGGUGGGCUUACUGUCGAUGUCAAGGCGGUUUAAACCUGCUGCAGAAUCGUUUGUGAAAGUGCCAUUUUUUGGAGCUGUUUCAUACCUUACAUUGGCAGUUUGUCCGUUUUGCAUAGUAUUUGCUGUUCUGUGGGGUGUUUAUCGCCGGUUGUCCUAUGCUUGGAUUGGGCAAGAUAUUCUUGGUAUUACCUUGAUCGUUACAGUCAUCCAAAUUGUUAGAAUACCUAACCUCAAGGUGGGUUCAGCCCUCCUGAGUUGUGCCUUCUUAUAUGACGUCUUCUGGGUUUUUAUCUCCAAGAUGAUAUUCCAUGAAAGUGUGAUGAUUGUGGUUGCACGUGGUGAUAAGACUGAUGAGGAUGGUGUACCCAUGCUGUUAAAGAUUCCUCGGAUGUUUGAUCCAUGGGGCGGAUACAGCAUCAUAGGCUUUGGUGAUAUCCUUCUUCCUGGGCUGUUGGUUGCUUUUGCAUUAAGGUAUGAUUGGGCUGCCAAGAAGACCUUGCAAUCUGGCUACUUUUUGUGGUCAAUGGUGGCAUAUGGUUCCGGUCUCCUAAUUACAUACGUUGCCUUGAACCUUAUGGAUGGCCAUGGCCAGCCAGCUCUCCUUUACAUUGUGCCUUUCACGAUUGGCACCUUCAUAGCACUCGGCAUGAAGAGAGGUGAACUCAGAAACCUGUGGACGAAAGGGCAGCCCGAGAGAGUGUGCACGCACAUGCACACGCACCCAUCCCCGAAGGACUCGCCUGUUGCGGUCAGCUCGACGUCGUAA